CAGUAUGAAACACUCCGACUUAAACCCAGAGGACCCGAGCCUCUUCCUGGAGGUAUCUAACGUUGGUGGCGCUGCGGUUCUUCCUCUCCACUCCUCCAUCGCUCUGUUCCUUCUGUCCUACGCCGAGUGCAGGUCUUUCCGGGUCUACCUGGUCUUAGAUCAGCCUGGCAGCGUAGAGGCUUUGGCAGGUUCGCUUCCCGAGAGCCUGGUGGUGUCUGAAGUGCAGCGGGCGGAGGCUCCGGCCCUGGUGGCGGCGUGUCGUCUGCCGGCCGUACUGGAGCCGGACGGGCGGUUCUGUAGAGCCGGACUGGCGGUGGUGCUGAGACACAUCAUUCAGACGACCUGUCUGCCGGAGCCUCGACGCAGAGAUGUGGCUUCACUGCUGGGCUUCAAAAACACCUGCCUGAAAGCCUGCGCUGAGGUGAGCCGCUGGACCAGGUUGUGUGAGCUGGAGAUUCCCUCAGCGGUCGAGGAUCACCUGCGUCACCCGACAGAGGAGCGACUCCACCUUCCCGAAGCUCUCCUUCAGCUGGAGCGCCGUCUGGCCGAACCGGUCAAGGUCCACAACGACGACAAACUCCGCCGUCACAAGCUUCAACAGCAGAAGAACUCCGGGAAGAGCUUGGAGAAAAGCUCUGAGCCACGUGAGGGUCAGCAGGAGGAUCUACAGACGGAGAUGAGUGCGGCUUUGGCCAAACUGUCUGUGGACGGCGCGUCACCCGGUCCCGCCACCAGAGAGCGCUCUGAGAUCAGGAAAGUCAAGACGACUGAGCUGCCGGAGUUGGAGCACGUGUUCGCGGAGGGGCUUUACUUCACGCUCACCGACGCCGUGCUGCUGCCGUGCGUCCAUCCGUACCUGCUCUCACUGCAGACUCGCGCCCCUCACGUCCUGCUCCAGCUCCCUCUGCUGCUCCGCUGGUACCAACGCGUGCAGGAAGUGCCAGGGGUCCGACGUGCCUCAAAGGAUUGUGGGAUGGCUCUGUUCGAGCCGCGGGUGCCGUGGCCUGUUUCGACUCAGCCAGACGCUCCUCGUGUCCUCGAGUCACAGCGGGACGUCCCUGCGCCGUCUGGAGAGCACUUCCUGGGAGGACCCAGACCCACGCUCGGGAAACUCCAG